AUGGCGUAUUCUGGUUCAAAUCAGCAACAAAUCAUUCCCAUUUUUAAUGGAGAAAACUAUAAAUUCUGGAACAUUAAAAUGAAGGUUGUUCUCCAAGCAACCAAACACUUAUGGAAUGUCGUGGAAAAUGGCAUACCUAAAGAUGGGGAGACUGCCACCACAUCUACACCAACAUCAACACAGAUUGAUUGGCCACAAAGAGAUGCUGAAGCACUAGCCAAAAUUCAUCUUGCAGUCACCGAUACAAUAUUUCCAAGAAUCAUGAAUGCAACUUCAGCAAAACAAGCAUGGGACAUCUUGAAAGCUGAAUUUGAAGGAAACGAGAAAAUGACAAAAAUAAGGCUUCAGAAUUUGAGACAAGAAUUUGAGAACUUGAAAAUGAAAGAAGGAGAAACAAUCAAAGAUUACUCUUCCAGAGUAAUUAAGCUGGUUAAUGAACUGAAGUCAAAUGGAGAAAGUAUAACUGACCAACGGGUUAUAGAAAAAAUGUUGGUUAGUUUAUCUGAAAAAUUUGAUACAGUUGUAACUGUGAUAGAAGAAUCGAAAGAUCUCACACAGUUAAGUAUCUCCGAGUUGAUAGUAUCCCUACAAAUUCAUGAAGACAGAAUGUCUCGAAGAAAUGAAACAUCUGGAGAAGGAGCUUUCCAAUCUAAGCAUAAAAUAUCUCCUUUUAAACGGAAUAAUAAAGGAGGCACAUCAAAUCAAUGUAGUCCUAUCUAUACCAAAACUGCUGAGAAAAAGAGUAAAUUUCCUCCAUGUUCUAUAUGCAAGAAGACAAACCAUGCAGAAAAGAAUUGCUGGCACAAAGGAAAACACCAGUGCAAUCAUUGCAAAAAAUUCAAUCAUCAUGAAAAUGAGUGUAGACUCAAAAACCAACAAGCAGGAAGAUCCGAAAGAAAAUCAUCUAUUCUAUGCUUGUCAGAAUGGAAAUAG